GGAUUUCCUUUCAAACUCCUUGUUACCGAUGAUUCUCUAUCUUCUACAACCCCUACAUUAAGCCCUGCGCUUAAAGUGUGGAACCUCUUUUCUUACAAUCUUCAUAAAGCAACAUAUCACGGUCUUAACCUUCUUCCUAGUCGUGCAGGAAAACGGAAUUUUAUUAUAGGUCGUGGUAGCUUUACUGGUUCUCAUCGGUUUUGCGGUUUGUGGACUGGAGAUAAUGCGUCAACAUGGGAUUUUUACCGAAUCAACAUUGCGCAGGUAUUAGCAGUUGGACUUUCAGGACUUUCAAUAGUAGGUGCAGAUAUUGGAGGAUUUGCACAGGGUGAUGAUGGUGGUCAUUGGGCUAGUCCUGAGUUGAUUAUUCGUUGGACAACAGCUGGAUCGUUUCUACCAUGGUUUAGAAAUCAUUAUGUGAGGCAUGGCAAAAAGUGGUUUCAAGAGCUUUAUAUUUUCAAAGAUCACCAAUAUGAUCCUGGUGUUACAGACGAACAGCGAGUAUUCUACCGUGCCGUUCUUCCUGUAACCAGACAUUAUAUUGAAUUACGUUAUAGACUUAUGCAGCUUUGGUAUGAUUUGAUGUGGGAGAAUGUACUUGAAAGUAUGCCACUGUGUCGAGCAAUGUUUAUUAAUGAUCCACAGGAUACUGCUCUAUACAACGAUAAGAUUGAAUUUAACAGUAAUCAGUUCUUUGUUGGUAAAGAUCUUCUUGUAGCGCCCAUUAUGAAUCCUGGAGAUACUAGACGAGAUAUUUAUUUGCCAGUUACAGAUAAUUGGUAUAGUUUUAUGGACAGCAUAUUUCCAUUAGCGAAUGUAGUAGAAGGUGGCACAACGAUUCGAGGUUUUGAUGCGCACAUCGAUAGUGAUGAUUAUUAUCAUUUAGGAUUUCAUGUUCCAGUGUACAUUCGUGCUGGAGCUAUAAUCCCAGAAAUUCCUCUUGAACAAUGGGUGGGACAACUUCAUGAAGUUGGUAAACCUUGCAAUAUAAUGCUUAAUAUUUAUCCAGGAAAACAGGGAAAUUAUACCAUGUAUUUGGAUGAUGGUGUUAGUCUUUCUUCAGCUCCGCCUGAUGCACCUCAAUAUAAAUAUCUAGACUCAGAGGAAAAAAAAUUGGCAAAGGGAGAAUAUCGGGAAGUAAAGAUUGAACAUAUUCAGUCUGGAACUAAUCGUGAUAUCACUAUCUCGAGAGGUAGAGAUAAUUACACACCUCCUUUAGAAACGUUCUACCGAGUUGCUAUAUUACAUGAUCCGUUAGAACCUCGUCAAGGUUCAAAUGGACCUUUAAUGUCCAUAACUGUGAAUGGGCAAGUAUUAAGCAGUCCUAACAAAGAUAUAGUCAUAAGUAAUGAUAAUAGCAACCCUGUUAAUUCUUGGUAUUAUGAAGCAUCAAUCAACAUUACUUACAUUAAAGUUGUUGAUACUAACUUGAUUACUAUUAAUCUUAA